UAGACAUGUCAGGAGGGCGCUUAGUGUAGCAUACCGUCGGCUCUGCUUUUACUACACCCCUGUUAAGGCAGAGAGUGAGAUUAAACAACAACAAACAACAUGACAUCUGGUUCCGACUGUCGAUCCAUCUUUGAUCUGUGCUCUAAUGAAGAGGUGUUUGGACUGAAAGAGGUGAACCCGGUCCUGAAGCAGGCUGGAAACACUGGCACGUCCUCAGACUGUCUGGAAGACAAAAGUCCAGAGGAUGACAAACCAGGAGAGUCCAACCUGGUCAGAGAGGUGUCGGACAAGAUGGUCUGCUCAGCCUGCAGAUGCCCCUUUAUUAACCGUGAGGAACAGACGGAGCACUACAAGCUCGACUGGCAUCGGUUCAACUUGAGGCAGAAGAUGGCAGGAUUACCGCCGCUCACGGCAGAGGAGUUUGAGAAGAAGACUGGAGCUGGAGACUUGUCGAGUAUCUCCGGCUCAGAGUCUGAUUCAGAGGAAGACGACUCAGACAGCGGCGGCGGGGGCACAAGUGGUAACGUCACUGGCACAGAUAAUGAGAGCUCACUUGAUGCCGGUUUAAUUACUGGCCGACUCUCCAGCAAGGUGUUUUUUCAGAACGCAGCGGGACAGUAUGUAUCAGUCUACCGCUGCGUCCUGCAGGGACGAAAGUCAGACGAUGAGCACAAUACAAUCGCCUCCCUGAAGGCCAUAAACAAGAAGACUGUGUGGGUCAUUCUCAUGACAGGUGGAGGACACUUUGCUGGUGCUGUAUUCGAAGGAAAACAAGUCCUGCAGCACAAGACUUUCCACAGAUACACAGUGCGAGCAAAGCGAGGCACCGCUCAGGGACUCCGAGAUUCUCAGAACCGCAGUCACACUCCGAAGUCCGCCGGAGCUGCUCUGAGGCGACACAAUGAGGCAGCGCUAGUCAAGGACAUUCAGGAUCUCCUGCUACUCUGGGCCGAACACUUGAAAGAGGCUUCUGCAAUAUUUAUACGAGCCCCAAGCUACAACAGGACCAUCUUUUUUGGUGGUCGUGCAGCUCCCCUUGACAAAAAAGAUCCCAGGAUCCACACCCUUCCCUUCGCCACACGCCGGGCAACAUUUCGAGAGGUCCAGAGGGUCCAUGAGGUGCUUUCUACUGUCCGCGUGUACGGGAAAGACACAGACAUGUCAGCAGUCUUCAGUCCAUCUAAGAAGACCUGGAAAAAAGCCGUCAAACCUACAGCACAAAUAAACACAGAUCAAGAGAAAGCAGAAGAAAACCACGACAGCUCAGAAGAAGAUAACGGUGGGGAGAUCCAGCUGGAGAUGGUGGAGCUGACAUUAGGAACCCUGGACCUCAGAGAGUCUGAAAUCUAUCUUCCCAAGCACAAGAGAAGAAGGAGGAAAAAGAAAGAGGAUGCCAGAAUGCAAAAUGAGGAAGUAAGUAACUCUGAGGCAGACAAUCAAGACGAGUGUGCGCCAGAGACCACGCCGGCACAAGAGACCCCUCAAGAAACACAAUCAAAGACAAAGAGGAAGAGAAAAGCACAGAGUAAGAAACAACAGGAUGACACUGUUGACGAUGAAUCAGGCGAGUACGGCUUGAGAGAUGAGCUCUUUACGGCCUGCAAGGUCGGGGAUGUGGAUGCUCUAUGUGGACUGCUUCAGCUACCUGGAGAAAUGGCAGAGAGUCAGGAGCAGUCAGAGAUCAAUCCCUCUGAUGCCUCGAGUCCUCAAGCUCUCCUUAAAAAACCCAUAGACUCAUCAGGGUUCACUUUGCUGCAUGUUGCCUCAGCAGCUGCACAGAAGGCAGUGGUCAGGCUGCUGUUAGACGCAGGAGCAGAUCCAGCUUGCAGGGAUAACAAAGGGCAGACCCCGUAUGUUGUAGCCCCCGACAAAGAGACGAGGAAUGUCUUUCGUAAAUACAUGGCUGAGAAUCCUGACAAAUACGACUACGGCAAAGCACAGGUCCCUGGGCCACUAACGGCAGAGAUUGAAUCCAAAAAGAUGGAGAAGAAAAAGGCCCAAAAGGCUCAGAAAAAACAGCGAGAAAAAGAGCAGAAGGAGGAGAAGAGGAAACAAGAGUUGGAGGUGGAGGAAAAGAAGAAGUUUGCAUCUCUGACAGAUCGAGAAAAGAGAGCUCUGGCAGCAGAGAGGAGGUUGGCCGAACAAGUGGCUGCAGCAGGAGCCAGCAUCUCUAAUGUGAAGAGAUGCUGGUUGUGUGGAGAGUCUCUGCUUGGGAAGAUCCCAUUUCAGUACCUGGAUUAUUCCUUCUGCAGUCCUCGCUGUGUCCAAGCACAUCGAAAAACAAACGCUCCUCCAGGCAAGGCCUAACACCCAUACAGGAACUUUAUAUUUGGAGGGGAAUCAUUUCACUGAAACUACAUGUGAAUUUGUCUUUAUAAAGCACUAAUAAGACUGAGUCUUUUCUGUGUUUCCUAUUUCACUGUAAACACUCAUUUCAAAUACAACUUUAUUUUGGUAGAUAAUCACAGACAACUGGAUACACGUGCUGUAUCAAAAUGUAAUGAAAUAAAUGUACAGUUUAUUUACAUGAUCAGCAAUGGUGGAUAAGGUAAAAUGAAAUGCAAUAAAAACAUUGUCAUACUG